AUGCUCUUCUCAAGACAGUUGACAACUAACACAUUCCGUUUAAUGACCCCUAUAGGGAAAAGAUUCCUAUCAGGUCAUACUUUACGAAUCAAUUCUCAAGCACCCAAUUUUGAUGUAGACAGUACUAUCGGUAAACUUAACUUCUACGAAUAUUUAGGUGAUUCAUGGGGGGUAUUAUUUUCGCAUCCUGCAGAUUUCACCCCCGUGUGUACCACUGAAAUGAGUGCAUUUGCAAAAUUGAAACCAGAAUUUGAUAAGAGGAACGUUAAAUUAAUUGGGUUAUCUGUGGAGGAUGUAGAGUCUCAUAAUAAAUGGAUUAAAGAUAUUGAAGACAUCUCGGGUGAAUUCGGGUUCAAUUUGAAUAGUAAUGACAAAUUCGGUUUCCCCAUUAUUGGAGACGUUGAUAAGAAAGUUUCCAUGUUAUAUGAUAUGGUUGAUGAGGAGGCAUUUAAAAAAUUGCAAGAUGGGGCAAAGGACAAGAAGGGUAUCGAUGUUGCCACUAUCAGAUCUGUAUUCAUUAUUGAUCCAAAGAAGAAAAUCAGAUUAUCCUUCAAUUAUCCAGGUUCUGUAGGUAGAAACACUUCUGAAGUGUUAAGAUGUAUUGAUGCGUUACAAUUGAGUGAUUCAAAAGGGGUAGUUACACCUGCAAAUUGGAGUGUUAAUGAUGAUUUUAUCAUCCCACCAAAGGUGUCUGAUCAAGAAGCCAAGGAGAAAUUUGGUGAUUUCAAGAAGAUUAAACCUUAUUUGAGAUUGACUAAAGGUUAG